GUGCCAAAUCUUUUUGGCAACAAGAUUUCCUUCUCCGAGGAACUUGAUUGGAAGAGUGUAAGAGAGGAAAAUCUUUCGUAUUACAAAGAAUUAGGGGUAUAGAACUCCCGAGGAGUUAGUUACCUAUUUAUAGGUGUUGGCUAUAAUUAGAGGUAUGUACACUGGUCGGAUAGGGUCGAUUUAGGGGUAAAAUUAAAAUCAAAUCGAUUUAACUCAGUCUCCUAGAAUUAAAUCCAAACAAAUGGUUCAUGAAAUUGAAGCGAGAAAUUCUGUUUGAUUUAUUCUGUUGAAAAGAUCCAAUUUUAGAUCCAUUAUAUCAAGUUGAGAAGAUGUAAGGAUUGCUGAUUCGUGAUAGAUUUUUUUGAAAAUUGUAUCCGAAAAACUCAUCUGAAAAGCCUGUAAAUCAGAGAGAACAGGAUUUGUAGUCGGGAUAGAUUGUUUUGGAUGCUCUCUAAUCUAGUAAAAUAUUUGACUCCAAAGUCUCUCUUCGCCUUAUUUCUCAAAAAGAAAGGCAUGAGGAAAAGAAGUGAAGCAAUUAAAGAGAAGGAAAGAUUUAAAAAUACAAGACAAAAGAAAGUGGCGAGAAUUUGAGGAGAAGAUUUUUGGCAUCGAGUUUUAUCCAAAAAAAAAGAGGUGAAAGAUAUGAGACACCCCAUAAAAGCUCGAUCUCGUCGAGCGAGAGCACUUCCGUCGCCGCCAAGGGGCCGUCGCCGCCGCCGCCGUAGUCGAAGCAAUGGGCGGACCAGCCCGAGCACAGGAGUGGAAGGAUGGAGAAGAGGAUAUCCUUAAAGUCAUCGAGCCCAUCGCCAUCCUCACGAAGGAGAUACUCCACUCCAGCAGGUUGAUCGAAAUCCACAAUUCGGAAAUUCAAGAUGCCUCUUUGUUGUAAGAACUGAUGGUGGCUGGAUCGAUUUUUCCUACCAGAAGUGUCUUCAAGCAUAUGUUUGAGAUAAGUAUCCAUCUUAUGCUGAAAGGUUCAUGCAAGAACAUUUCAAACGUGUCUAAAGAUUUUACGUUGUCAUGAUAUAUUUUGCUCAUCCAACCACCCAACAUUUUCACUGGUUAUGGAUAUGAGGGAAAGAUUUCAUACGUCAAGUUCAUGGUCUCAUUUCUAAUUUUGUAUAGCCCUUGUAUUUUUUCAUCCAGUGACCAAGAAGAUAAAUUAUUUAGCAAUUGUAGUUGGAACAAACAUGAUGAAAUGAAGUAUGCAAGAUGACCUUUCUAAUAUGUUCCCCUUUUUAAUUCUUCCCUUGGAAAAUUCAUGAAGUCAUACCUGAAUCUUGUAUUUUAAAGUUCAUGGCAUUGCUUAUCAAACAUGGGUACUGCAUUGUAUAAUCUGACCAUGUUGUGUGCAGCCUGAAAUUUGGUACUGAAGGUCAGUGAAUCUGAUCAGUUACUCUCCAAGCACCUUGAUGCGGCUUAGUUUUUUUUGUCAAAAGUGCCUAAAGAAAUUUCACAUGUUCACUCACUCGAGGUGCAGCACGAGGUUUAUCGGCACUCUUCAGAUCAUCAUAUCGGAUUUUGGUAAUCGAGCAACGCAUGGCAAUGCUGGAGCACACAUUGAAGCGUUUCUUUCCCGGACCUACUGUAUCUGGAUCUCACCCACAGUAAAAACCAACAAAAGAAAAGAAAGAUAAAACAAAAGAAUAGUAUAAAAAGAAUGGCAGCUUGCAGGCAGGCGAAGGCCUGGUGACGCCCCAACUCCAAUUAAAGCUUGCGCUUUUUCCGUCUCUCUCUCCCUAUGCUCACCCUCGCUGCUGCAACCGAAGCCCAGUAGGCGCCAUAGCAGCAGAAAAAGCCAACAAAGGGAAAGGGGAGGCGAAGAUAAAGAUAGAACAGAGACAGAGAAGAGAAGAGAACGAAGGGAGAUGACGAGAAGCCACUCCCUCUCCUCCUUUUCGAUCGUCUUCUCCUCUCCAUCCUCCCACCACUACUAUAACCCCUGCGUAUCAUGAACAAAACCCGCCAACCUCUUCUUCCCCUCAGAAGGAGACCAUGGCUCUCACCUUCCUCCUUGACCCCCUCUACUGCCCAGAAGAGCACUCGGAGCUCGACGCCGAUGCCUCUCUACCUUCCCACCUCCCCGUCUCAGCCGCCGAGGUCGGGACGGAGCUGCCGGAGGACUGGGCGGAGAUCUUGUCUUCUCUGGUCGCCAAAGAAGGGGAGACCCACCCCACGCUUUCCUCUGAUGGCGCUGACGACCUUUAUCUCCGCUCCGCGAGGAGGGGCGCCGUCGAGUGGGUGGUGCGAGCCGUCGCCCGGCAUGGAUUUUCUGCUCUCACGGCGGUGCUCGCCGUGAACUACCUCGACCGGUGCUUCCUUUCCGGCGGAGGUAGGCUUCGGCUGCAGGGUGAUCGGCCGUGGAUGGGGCGGCUGUCGGCGGUGGCAUGCCUGUCUCUGGCGGCGAAGGUGGAGGAAACGUACGUCCCGCUCCUCCUCGACCUCCAGGCGGCCGCGGUGGAGGCGGAGGCAGACGGGGAGGUUGAGGCGGGGUACGUGUUCGAGACCAAGACCGUGCGGCGGAUGGAGCUUCUUGUGCUCUCCGCCCUCGGCUGGCGGAUGAAUCCCGUCACCCCUCUCUCCUUGAUCCACCUCCUCCUCCCCCGCCUCCUUUACAAACCCCAAAACGGUACCCUCACCCCCUCCUCCGCCCUCCUCCGCUGCGAAGCCAUUCUCCUCUCCGUCAUAGCCGAUGGGAGAUGGGUCCGGUAUCCGGCAUCGGCGUGGGCCGCGGCGGCGAUGCGACACGUUUUCGACCAGCAGCUGGAGCCCGGCAUUGGCGCCGCUGCUGGGGACGCCUUGGAGUGCCACGAGACCCACCACCUCCUGGCCUUCCUCAACGCUCCCAAGGUGGAAGAAUGCUUUCAGCUCAUUCUGGACUGCACUGGCGGUAACGGUGGCGUUAUUGGUCAUGGGCGCAAAAGGAGGAACUUGUUCUCCUCUUUGGAUUACCAUCCUUCGCCACCCAGUCCCAAUGCGGUGCUGGGUUCGUGCUUCAGUUGCGAAAGCUUGUCGAGCUGCGACUCCCGGGCAAUGUGGCCCUUCUCGUCGGCCUCGUCCUCCCCGGAGCUUCCUCCUCCCAAGAGACCCAAUCGCAUUGCCACCGAAGCCUUUGGAGACGACGAAGAUGGGGAGAAUGGGGAUCGGCUUCAUCACCACCAGGAGCCAAGACUGGACUGCUGCAGUGCUCCUCCUCUUUAAAGUAUAUUAAGUUAUAUGGUAUAUGUUAUCAGAAAGCAGACUGCCUUCCAUCUCUGUCUGAGUUUGGGAACUCGGUAGCGGGUCGUAGAUCUUGGGAGCAAGUCUUGGUAUGGUUGGGACUUGGGGUGGUGAGGUGGAGGAGAGUUGGGACUCGCAACUAGGAGGGAGAAGAGGGAGGAAUGCAGAGAUGGGCGGCAUUUUUCUUUUACUUUAGUUGACAAGAGAAAGAGGCUUUGGCCCUACUGUUGCCAUGCUAACCGUGCCUUUUGGCCCAGCGUUACUAUGAUACCGUACGUGCCUCUGGCUGUCGUCCUAUCAGUUAUAUAUCAUCGAUGCGUUGUUCCCAUGAACUCAUAUAUAUUCACGAACUUUUAAACCUCUUUUCAAUGGCUCUCAUGGAUAUAAUAAUAACGACUGACGAGUGUUCAUUUA